ACUCCGAAUCUCUGGAUUCAUUGCUAGCCACGAAAGCUCGGACCUUUUCCUCCAUUAAAAUAACCGGAAGGAGACUGUGAAAUUCCAGAUGACGGCGGAAGUGUGGCGGACACGGCGACGGCGGCCACAAGCACCAUGAGCACCUGUAUGGCAAUACCUCCUCGUCUUCCUUGUAUCUCUCAGAUUUCCAAUCGUCGAGCAAAUGAAGUGAAGAAGCCCGUAGCUGCUUCGAUCCCAUGGGAGGCCUGGAGCAAGAACAGCACUAGGAGAAGUCUUCUCUUCCUCUCGCUCCCCAUAUCUGCCUUCUUAAUCAUCCCCAGUAACUCUUCCGCUGCUCCUUCGGUAGGGUUUGAUCCCGUGACUGACUCCGAGCGGGAUGCUAGCUCUGCUCUAUCCCGCCGCGUCGGGGAAGCCGUCCGCCUGCUCGACCUUGCACGGGAGUUCCAAGCAAAGGGAGAAUUCUCCCGGGCGUUGGACUACUUUACUCAGAUAAUUAAUGAUUACAAGGAUUUAGCAUUCACAGAAUAUGCAAGAGUUGGAAGGGCUUUGUUGUUGUAUGAGAUUGGUGACAGGGAGCAGGCUAUUACCGAGAUGGAGGAUGUUUCAAUCUCUCUGAAAGGCUAUCCUGAGAUCCAUGCAGCUCUUGCAGCUGCACUCUACACAGAUAAACAUGCUCCUUUACUGGCUGAGAAUCAGUUCACAAUUGCCACUAUUCUUGAUCCUUGCUACGCAGAUCUUUCGUAUGUAAGAGAGAAGAAACACUGGCCACCAAGUUUGGUUAGCUCUUUACAGAACUUCAUUACGCUCUCUUAAGAACUCAAAUCUAUCUUUUUAGGAAGAAAAUGGUUGUACACAUAACAUUAUAUUGUAAUCUUUAGGAAAAAUUUACUAUUCUGUGAAAUUUAAUGAAUAGCCUUAGUCUUA